UAAUAUAACAAUAAUAUAAUAAAAAGAAAACAAAUUAAUAUUUAUAUUAUUUGAAUUAUAACUAAUGAAUAUUUGGAGAAAGGAAAACGUUUGAAUGAGAUUAUGGAACGCAAAGUGAACAAUAUAAACAAACAAGAUACAGAACUACUCAGUGAAAUAAGGAAAGGUUGGGGAAAAAAAUGUAUAGCAUUAUUUGAAGGUUAUAGAUAUUUAUAUAGUAGUUUAUACUUACCAAUAAAUACGUUGAAUAGCGUAAUCGCUUUUCUCUAAAGAGUCAGCUAGAAUAAUUUGACUUAAUUCAAUUUUAACUUCUUUUUUAUCGUUAUUGUUCGAUUUAUUACUUCUACGUUUUAUACUGGAAUAUAUUUUUUUGACACCUCGAAGCAUGUUAUUACGAUAUUUCGAAGCUAAGAGGACUAGCCCCACAGUUACGCAAACAAGAAACAUAUUUUUUCGUAUUUGAAGCAUUAAAUUAAAUACCGAAUUAAUAUAAACUUAUUAAAACUCUACUCAAUAAUAUACAAUUUUUCGUUUCAAUAUACAGAGGUUAUAAAUAAUUUAUGGAUUAAGAAAUAACGCGGGCAAAGUUUACUAAAUUAAUAAUAAAUUAAUAAUAUUAUAAUAAAUAUGUUACUAAAAAUCAGUUCAAUUAAUUACAAUUACAUUUAUGAUACCAUUAAUGAAUAUGCGGCUAUUGAUAACAGAAAAAUUUGUAAAUAAUUAUUUCAAAAAUUCACGAAAAAAAAAAACAACAUUACAAUACGUAUUAAUACAUAUUUGUAUUAAUUAACCGAACAAGGUUCAAGGUUCCCCAUAGCAAACGUUACAGUACAUACGCGGCUACAGGUACACGUACGACUGCUUGAAAAUUUUUCAUUAUACCACCAAUACAGAGCUUACUCAAUCAGCCGUAGAUAUACAUUGUGGCGCUUGUGCGGUCCUAAUGAGAUGAAAAGAUUAAUUAGUUUUUGGAUAAAAAAAGAAGAUUAUUUUUUCUUUCAUCUAAAGAAAUAAACUAGUAUUAUAUCUUAAUGAGAUCUUUAUUCGAUAUGUUUCUUUUUUAACAAUGAGCAAUAAAAGAGAGAGUACUAAUUGUCAAAAUUCUUUAUCAUCCAAACAAAUAAAACCUAAUGAAUGUGCUGAAAAUCCAGGACCGUCGACAAAGAAGACUAAUGUACGACUUAAUACUCUUCUUGUUAGUCCAAAACAAAAAGGGAAUCCUUUGUUGAAAUUUAUAAUCAAUAUACCUUGGGAAUAUUCUGAAAUUGUACCAGAUUAUGUGAUGGGAAAGACUACAUGUGCUCUUUUUUUAUCGAUAAGAUAUCAUCAAUUAAAUCCAGAUUACAUUCAUGAUCGUCUGAAAUUAUUAGGUAAUGCGUACAAUCUUCGAGUACUUUUGGUUCAGGUAGAUGUUGCUGAUCCACAUCAUGCAUUAAAACAUUUGACACGGAUAUGUAUACUUGCUGAUUUAACGUUAAUGUUAGCUUGGAACGCAGAGGAUGCAGGAAAGAUUAUAGAAACUUAUAAAAUUUAUGAGAACAAACCACCUGAUAUAAUAAUGGAUCGCAGCGGAACAGCUCCUUAUCAAAAAUUGAUUAACGCUUUUACUACGGUUAGGUCUGUUAACAAAACAGAUGCAACUACACUUUUGUCAACAUUUGGCACAUUGAAAGAUAUAGCUAAUGCAUCAACUGAUACCUUAGCUUUAUGUCCUGGAUUUAGUUUUUUAAAAGCAGAACGACUACAUAAAGUAUUGCAUGAGCCAUUUUUACAAAUGGAGAAAUCAGAAAAAUAACGUUUAAUACAUAUUUAUUAACAAUAUUUAUUAUUUCUAUUAAUAUAAGUAUUUUUAUAUGUUAGAUAAUAUUUUUUCAUAAAUUAGCAAGAUAUUGUUAAAAAUAAAUGAAUGUGAUCCAAAAUUAUGUGUAAGAUUUAUUUAAGAAUACAUGUAUGUGGAUAUAGUUUUACAAAAAUAAUCAUUGAAAGAAAUCAAAUAAAAAUUUACCUGAAUCUUACA